UUACAUGUCUCGCUGCAUGUGAUGGGCGAGAGCGAGAGGCUCGAGCGCCGCCGCCAACCGCCACCCGUCACUACCCGGGGCCCCGGGCUGGAGCGCGGCCACAGCGAAGAUUAUAAUGCCAGGGAAACUAAAAGUCAAGAUUGUGGCUGGUCGACACCUGCCGGUUAUGGACAGGGCCAGUGACCUGACGGAUGCAUUCGUAGAGGUAAAAUUUGGUAAUACAACUUUUAAGACUGACGUGUUCCCCAAAUCUCUCAACCCCCAGUGGAAUUCGGAAUGGUUUAAAUUUGAGGUUGACGAUGAAGAUUUACAAGAUGAACCUCUGCAGAUCACAGUCCUGGACCAUGAUACCUACAGUGCCAAUGAUGCCAUUGGAAAAGUCUACAUCGAUAUUGAUCCCUUGCUUUCGAAUGAAGCUUCAACAGUUAUCUGUGGUUGGUUUCCAAUCUACGACACCAUUCACGGCAUUCGAGGUGAAAUAAAUGUAAUGGUGAAGGUCGAUCUAUUUAAUGAUUUAAAUCGCUUCAGACAAUCGUCAUGUGGAGUCAAGUUCUUUUGCACUGCAUCCAUUCCUAAGUGCUACAAAGCAGUUACAAUUCAUGGCUUUGUUGAGGAAUUGGUGGUAAAUGAAGAUCCCGAAUACCAGUGGAUUGACAGGAUACGCACACCCAGGGCAUCAAACGAGGCUAGACAGAGGCUAAUCUCACUCAUGUCAGGUGAACUGCAAAGGAAAAUCGGCCUAAAGGUGUUGGAGAUGGACGGCAAUGCUGUUGUAGGUUAUAUGCAGUGCUUUGACUUGGAAGGGGAAUCUGGGCUAGUGGUACGUGCUAUUGGAACUGCUUGUACAUUGGAUAAACUGAGUAGUGCAUCUGCAUUGCUCCUACCACCAUGUAACUCACCAUCCAAAGAUCUAAAAGAGGUUCCCUUCAGUGAAGAUCCCAACCCUGUCACUCAUUCUUCAGGACCCUCUACCCCACUGAAAAAUCAAACCUAUUCCUUUUCACCUUCCAAGUCCUACAGUCGGCAGUCCUCCUCCUCCGAAACCGAUUUGAGUUUGACACCUAAAACUGCAGCAUCUUCCCCAAAGCGGCCUAGGAUUUUCCUCUUUCCCAGCUCCCCUCCUCUCUCUUCUGGGUCCCCCCAUCAUAAAAGUUCACAUCUCCUUCGUUUGGGGGCACUGCACAGCCUUACCCCUCCUCACUCUGGCUUUGCGAGUCCAGUCUGUCUGAGGAAAACUGUGUCUUUCAAUGAAGAGUUGCUUCUAGCUGUCUCCGGUAUGGGAAGUGGGAGUGGUGGAAAGGAUGGAGUACCUUUGAAAACUCUCUAUCGACAGCAGACACAGUCUGCAUUUGAACAGAGGGAAUUCCCCUUCUUUACUCUUACAACUUUCCCAGUCGGGUUCCUGGUCCAUGUUGGUGGGGUGGUCAGUGCACGAUCUGUGAAGCUUCUUGACCGAAUCCACAACCCUGAUGAACCAGAAACCCGGGAUGCUUGGUGGGCAGAAAUCCGACAGGAAAUCAAGUCCCAUGCCAAAGCUCUUGGAUGCCACGCAGUGAUUGGCUACAGUGAAUCAACUAGCAUCUGUGAGGAAGUUUGUAUCUUGUCUGCUUCGGGCACUGCUGCUGUCCUGAAUCCAAAGGCGCUACAAGACUGCAGUGUGGAAGGCUGUAGUGAACACAGGUUGUCAAGGCAGCCUAGCUUGUUUUCCACAGGGUCAGAGAAGGGAGAGUUUGAUUUUUUUCUUCAGUGCCAGGAUAGUUCUUCUGUAUUAGGAUUGGAUGAUUCAUCCUCUUUAAGCUGCAGUUUCUGUCACAUUCCAUAUGACGAAUUAAAUAUGCCUUUCCCCGCACACCUCACAUACUGUUAUGUCUGUCGGAAACAGAAAGUUCCAGAUGUUCUCUUCGCUACAAUUGAACCUCCUACAGAAACAGCAAUAACUGGAAAAGGCUGUUUGAUUCAAGCUAGGUUGUGUCGUCAGAAGAAGAAAACUCAGGGUGAAGCGAAUGCUACCGCUAUCAGUAACCUGCUGCCAUUCAUGGAGUAUGAGCUUCAUACUCAGCUAAUGAACAAACUUAAACUGAGAGGAAUGAAUGCACUCUUUGGGCUCAGGAUUCAGAUUACAGUUGGUGAAAAUAUGUUGUUGGGGCUGGCUUCUGCUACAGGUCUGUAUCUGACUGCACUCCCAUCUCCAGGUGGUAUACAGGUUGCAGGAAAGACUCCAAGCGACUCUUCCUAUGAGCAGCACAUUUCAAACAUACAGAAAAAGAUUAAUGAAAUCAUCAUAAAAAACAGGGAGUUGUAUGAGAUAAAUCCUCCAGUGGUGGACAAGGAAAUCCCGGAUGAAGUGCUCGGAUCCCCCAUCCCAGAGCCAAGGCAACAUUCUAAGCUCUUCAGAUCCCACUCAGAAAGCUCAGAUGAUGUUUCAGAACUGGAUCUUUCACACGGAAAAAAAGAUGCCUUUGUGUUGGAGAUCGACGACGCUGAUGCUGUUGAAGAUAUUCACUCGUUGUUGACAGAUGCGCCAACGCCAUCUGGAUUUUACAGUUGCAAUACCGAGAUUAUGCCAGGCAUCAACAACUGGACUGCUGACUUGCAGAUGUUCACUUCAGUGAGGGUAUUUAGAUUAAACAACGUGACUAGUCUCACAUCACAAGGCCUUAAUAAAGCUUUUAGUGAUCUCUGUGAAAAUCUGCUGAAGAGUUUGUAUUUUAAACUGAGGUCCAUGGUUCCUUGCUGUCUAUGCCAUGUGAAUUUCAAUGUUGCAUUACCAGAGGAUGAAUUAAUCCAGGUUGCAGUUACAGCUGUUGCAAUAACGUACGACAAAAACCAAGCUCAAGAUAUGACUAAGAACAUCACAGAUAAGACACUCCUGAGAGCUUCUGCUGAUAAUGAAGAACAGCUUCAGUUUACGUUAGAACUCUGCUCAGAAACACAGUCUGCUCAACUCUUCUCCCCCAGUAAAGCUGCAGGGUUUACAGAAGGAAGCAAUUCCCAGCCAGUUACUCCAGCAGCACAGCGAGCCACCUCAGUUGAUUACAGUUCCUUUGCAAACAGAUGCAACAGCUGGAUAGAGCUCAUUAAACAGAAAGCUCAGACCAUAAGGCGUGGAUCAAUUAAAACAAUUGCUUCACUUGACAAAGCAAGCCCACUGGCUGAAGGCCACAUACGUCAUCGUUCAGCCACAUCCUGCACAAACUCCACGGUCACUGUUGUGGAAAUGACGCCCCUCUCUUUUAUUCCCGGGGCAAAAAUAACCAAAUAUCUCGGAAUCAUCAACAUGUUCUUCAUUCGGGAAACCACAUCUCUGAGAGAGGAAGGAGGAGUGAGUGUAUUUCUUCAUUCGUUUAUAGCUGAAGUGUUUGCUAUGGUUCGUGCCCAUGUUGCUGCACUGGGAGGAAAUGCUGUCGUCUCCUAUAUUAUGAAGCAAUGUGUAUUUAUGGAGAAUCCUAAUAAAAAUCAGGCGCAGUGCCUUAUUAAUGUCAGUGGUGAUGCAGUAAUCUUUUUUCGAGAAGCUGAUCUGGAGUGCUCAAGCAUUCAACCACAAGCAAAUGUUUUACAGACAGGGAGCGGGGGUGGUGAUGUGACUACAUGAAGCUGGUGGAAACGUUUAAGUACUUCUGUUUGCGAGGAAAGUUGUUGCAACGCUGUCCGCACUACAGAAGUACAGUUGCAACUGAUAAAAGGAUGCUGUGCAACACAGUGGUAUCUGCUGUCCCUCUUCAUGUUGACAUGUGGCACUGUGGGACAAAUGGUUAUGUUCGUUAUGUUAAUGUAUGAAAAUCAGGAUAUUUGCUUGUCUCCCAACGUGUCCCGGAUUAUCGGGUGAGAGAGCUGCACCUCCGCUCUUUGGCAAGAGUCAAGGCAUUCCAUAGGAAUUGACAUGUCUGAGAAUGAUUGAUAUAUAUUUUUUUCCUUGUAUUUUUGCUCUGUGGUGUAAAAUCUUUCCAAUAACAUUGUGACUUAUAGUACUAUCCGUUAAGACCAGAUUCAAGUUGCAUCGAGGUUGCAAAUGGUACUAAGAAUGUGUUUAAGCCAAUGCUGUACCUGUAAAACUGGAUGAACCUUUUUUUUUAAUCAAUUUAAAGCCAAUCUUAAGCGAAAGCGUAGUGAAUAUGAACAAAGUACUACUAUCAGAUUACCCCUUAGAAGAGUUAUGACCUCAGCUUCACAAAGAUGCAGCUUCAAGCAACAUGCAAUCCCUUACAACAUGUUGUAACGUGUAGGGACACAGAAAACUUAACUGUUUUUCUUUUGUUAAGCAUUUUAUGUACUAGUGCAUUUACUUAGAAUUGUUUAAAUUAUAAAUUAAAAGCUGGACGAUUUAAGAGUACCUAAUCACACUUUGUUGUAAUUAGUAAUUACCAUACAAGACAAAUGGAACAGUGCAAUUCCUUAUUAAAUUCAAAUCAAAAGGUAUUUUUGAUAUUCUGAAGUUACACUUGCAAGAAAACUGAAGUAUUUAAAUAGUUGCCUGCAAAAUUGGAGUUGUGUGUUGUUGAACACAGUGACAUUAUCUACCGUCAGUGUUUCUCAUUCAAUGCAUAUUUACAGACUUGAAUGUAAAUAAAACGCUUGUUUUGUAUGGUCUCAGCUCACUAUGUACGCUUGUCUGUGCAAAAAGAAAAGUGCAUGAAAUAACGUGCUGCUUUCACAAUCAAAUUCAGUUCCAGUAGUUUUGCAGGUUGUAACAAGCAAAGGUAACAUCAUAAAGAGAGUGUUUCCUUAUUUGCAAUGGAAAAUAAAUAUUUUAUGAAAAUUUA